GCAACCGCCGUCAUCAUCAUCCACAUCGACAGCUGAUGCGGAGGGUUCGUCGAAGAAGGUGAGGAAACCUUAUACCAUCACCAAGUCUAGGGAGAGCUGGACAGAGGAAGAGCACGACAAGUUCCUAGAAGCGCUUCAACUUUAGUUCCACUAAAAGAUCCGUUUUUCUUCUCGUGAAAAACACAAAAAACUCUGACGCCGGGAGUCGAACCCAGGUCUCUCGGGUGAAAACCGAGUAUCCUAACCAGCUAGACUACGACGGAUUGUUGCUUUAUUAACUUUUUAAGUGAUCUUGUAUUGGAUGAUACUAGUAUUUCUUGGGUAAAUAGAGUUACAUUUUAUCUUGUGUAGGAACUAGUAGCUCAUUUCAAACCUAGCCUUUAAGAUGAUUCAGAGGAUAUGGUUUGAUCGAGACUGGAAGAAGAUAGAAGAUUUCGUGGGUUCCAAGACUGUUAUUCAGAUAAGGAGUCAUGCACAAAAAUACUUUUUAAAGGUUCAGAAAAACGGGACGCUAGCACACGUUCCACCCCCUCGGCCUAAGCGCAAAGCUGCUCAUCCUUAUCCUCAAAAGGCAUCCAAGAACGCUCAAAUGCAACUUCAAGUUUCCACUUCUUUUACUACGCGAAAUAGCGACAUGGCAGAGGGAUAUACUUCGUGGGAUGACGUAUCAAUGAUGCUAAACAGAUUCAUUUCACCACGACAGGAACUUUCUACACUUCAUGGAGCAGAAGAUGAUAUUGGGUCGAAGGGCUUAUUAAAUGUUAGUAGCCCUUCCACAUCCGGUAUGGGAAGCUCAAGCCGAACCAUAUCAGGUUCUGAGAUUGUAAUAAAACAGGCAGAGCAACCUCCACUGCUUCAAGGUGUACCUGAUUUUGCUGAGGUUUAUAACUUCAUUGGAAGUGUGUUUGAUCCUGAAAAGAGAGGCCACGUGGAAAAGCUCAAGGAAAUGGAUCCUGUCAAUUUCGAAACUGUUCUGUUAUUGAUGAGAAACCUCACAGUUAACUUAUCAAACCCUGAUUUGGAAUCCGCAAGGAACGUACUCUCAUCAGAUGAGGUGAACAGCGAGAUCCCAAGUGUUACCACUGGUUCCUUUGUCCACUCAACAAGCGACAAAUCUGAUUCAUGAAGAUAUCAACCAUCAGUUAUCAACGUUGAAUCGUCUAUUUUCAAUGUUAAAUGAACUUUGAGCUAUAUACGUCACUAAGGAAUCACAAUCUUGUCAAUGCGUCAAGUGAGGAUUGUGUAAUAGGGAGUCAGCCCAAUACGGUUUGUUAUUGUUCUGAGGAGGAAACAUGAGUGAAGUUUUCAUGCUUCAUGUGAGUACAGUUCCGUGAAUGGCAUAGGUUUAAUAUAUUUCAUAUACUGUCUAUAACAAUAAAAUUAACAUUAUAAAAUCUUCAUAAUCUAGA